UUUCCAGUGUUCACAACUAAGAGACAAGGAGUAGGAAAAAAUACGGAAACAGUUCUCAACAGAGCAAUCCAUCACCAGAGCCUGAGAAAAAGUUAACUUGUUUUCUUUCUUUCUUUUUUUCUUUUAGAAAGGAAGAGGAGUACCUCUACAUGUGAUGAGAAAUUUGAAACCACAAUUUUCAGCAGCCCUCCCUUCUCACCGCCUACUCCCACAUUAGCUCCCUUCUUCUCUAUAUUCCUUUUCUUUAGACACCUUAAGCUUCUCUGCAAAACUACACCUCUUAUCCAAGGAUUUUACCACACAGAUUGCUUCUCUGCUUCACAGGGUCAGGUGGGCCUGCUUCUGGAGUUAUUUCACACUGGACCAAAGAUUUCACCAUUAAAUGCCAUUUCAUUCUUCUGAAAAUUUCCAGUUAAGUGAGCCUUGUCAUAAACAUGGAACUGCAGAAGCUAUCAAAUUGUACUCACCACCAUGAUGGUGCUGUGCUUAUGGAAGGAGUUCCACCAGAGGAAGCAAAGUUUCUGAAACACAAGAGCGAUGGAUCAAAAAUACCUCAGUUCACAGAUUUUGAAGGCAAAACCUCCUUUGGGAUGUCUGUAUUCAACUUGAGCAAUGCCAUUAUGGGCAGCGGCAUUCUGGGUCUGUCAUACGCCAUGUCAAACACCGGCAUAAUUCUCUUCCUGAUCCUACUGACAUGUAUAGCCUGUCUGUCCUGUUACUCCAUCCACCUGCUGCUACGCAGUGCUGGAGUUGUGGGUAUUCGUGCCUACGAGCAGCUUGGCCUGAGAGCUUUUGGACAUCUAGGGAAGAUUUUGGCAGCUGUCAUCAUAACACUACAUAACAUUGGAGCCAUGUCCAGCUACCUGUUCAUAGUAAAAUCUGAGUUACCACUGGUCAUCCAAGCAUUUCUUGGCCAGGCAUUCAGCUCUGAUGACUGGUUUAUGAAUGGAAACUACCUCAUCAUCAUUGUCACUGUCUGCAUCAUCCUCCCACUAACCCUGAUGAAACAUCUGGGGUAUCUGGGUUAUACCAGUGGCUUCUCCCUCUCCUGUAUGGUCUUCUUCCUCUCUGCGGUCAUCUACAAGAAAUUCAACAUCACUUGCCCUCUGGAAGUGUUUGGCAACUACUCUGUCAGCACAGAUGACAUAUGUGCCACCAAACUCUUCACAAUCAAUCAAGAGACAGCAUAUACCAUUCCCAUCCUGGCAUUUGCCUUUGUAUGUCACCCUGAAGUACUUCCAAUCUACACUGAACUGAGCAACCCAACCAAGACAAGAAUGCAAAAUAUUGGCAAUGUUUCUAUACUGGGCAUGUUCAUCAUGUACUUCUUCACUGCCAUAUUUGGCUAUCUGACCUUCUUCGAGAACACUGAAGCAGAGCUACUCCAUACAUACAGUAAGGUGGACCCCCUGGACACUCUGAUCCUGUGUGUUCGACUGGCUGUGCUGGUGGCUGUCACUCUAACUGUACCUGUGGUCUUGUUUCCUAUCCGCCGUGCUCUCCUGCAGCUGCUGUUUCCAGGCAAGCCCUUCCAAUGGCUCCGUCACAUCACCAUUGCUGUGUGUCUGCUAUUUGCUGUCAACCUGCUGGUCAUUCUUGUUCCCAACAUUCGAGAUAUUUUUGGCAUUACUGGGGCAACCACUGCUCCCAGUCUGAUCUUUAUCCUUCCAGGACUGUUCUACAUCCGCAUUAUCCCCAUCAACCAGGAGCCAAUGAACUCCAGACCAAAGAUCCAGGCUGCGUGUUUCACAGCACUGGGUUUCAUAUUCAUGACCAUGAGCCUAACAUUCAUCGGCCUGGACUGGAUGAGUGGAGAAAAGCGAAAUCUUGGUGGCCAUUAAAGUACAACCCUCAAAUCGCACAGCAAUAGCAGCAUGUUGAAAACCAAGAUUCAUCUAUUGCUACAGGCUUGCGGCUUUGGUGGGACUGUUUUUAAUAAUCAUAAAGACAAUCCUUCCUACUUCUGAAGAGUGAUGAGAGGAGCCCAGUUUUGUUGACCAUGGAAGCCCAUCCACUAAAAGUGAUUUGCCUUUAAAUGCAGCUUACAGCAAUAUUCAAAGUAUUGGACAGAUGUCUCAAUGCAAGUAUUAAUAAUUAAAACCAAGGUUGCAGAGAAUGUAUUGUACUGUUGAAUACUGAUAUUCAAAAUAGACCUGGUAUCUGACAGACAUUGUAUUUAACAUUAUAAGUCCAGUUAUUUCUGUAAAUCUGAAAGCCCUACAAUAUGAAUGCCUUUAGAUAAUUUUCUUCAGUUGAUUGUGUCGUGGAAAUUCAAUAAAGACUGAGAACACGA